CUGCGUGUGGAAGUCUCCCUGUGCUGCUUCCUCGUCGUCGUCUGUGACUUCUUAGCGUGUUGUUACUUCGCCUGUAAGUGUGUUGCCAGCUCCGCGUGGGUGCCGUGCGAGUGCCUGCUGCGUGCGUCCAAGACGAGGAGGAGGAGAGAGCCCCGCUAUAGGCACCACCACCACGUGUAGCAGUGGCAGCAGCAGCAGUGGCAGCUACGAAAGUGUCCACAGCGCAGCGAAUAGCAAAUGUGACGGCGCCAGCAGUGGCAGCACAGAGAUCGUCAGCGAGGCAGGAGGAGGAGGAGGCGAGCGGGAUGGUGACCGGGCAGGGGCCCGUCCGCCUGGGGCUGCUGGCGGAGGCGCGGUCCCUCAUCCACACGGAGCCGCUCCACUGCGGGUUCGCGUUGGCGGGGAGCGACGAACUGGGCAGGGGCCGCUUCGGCGUGGUGCGCAAGUGCGUAGAGGUGUCCACGGGCCGCGAGUUCGCCGCCAAGUUCGUGCGCAAGCGGCGCAAGGGGCAGGACCUCCGCGCCGAGAUCAUCCACGAGGUGGCCAUCCUGGAGCUGGCGCACGGCAACCCGCACGUCAUCGGCCUCCACCGCGUCUACGAGACGGCCGGCGAGAUCAUCCUCGUGCUUGAGUAUGCGGCAGGAGGGGAGAUCUUCAACCAAUGCGUGGCCGAGAGAGAGGAGGCGUUCACGGAGCGCGACGUAGUGCGCCUCAUGACCCAGAUCCUGGACGGCAUCGCCUUCCUGCAUCGCAAGAGCGUCGUGCAUCUCGACCUCAAGCCCCAGAACAUCCUGCUCACGAGCACCGACCCGCUGGGAGACAUCCGCAUCGUCGACUUCGGGCUGUCCCGGCGCGUGAGCAGCGCCGAUGAGCUACGUGAGAUCAUGGGCACCCCGGAGUACGUGGCUCCAGAAAUUCUGAGCUAUGAGCCAAUCAGCACCGCGGCGGACAUGUGGAGCAUCGGCGUGCUGGCGUACGUGAUGCUGACGGGCGAGUCCCCGUUCCUGGGCGAGGACAAGCAGGAGACGUUUCUCAACGUGGCGCAGGUGAACGUCAGCUACGACGACGACUCGUUCAGCAACGUGUCCUAUCUCGCCGUCGCCUUCAUCCAGACGCUGCUGCUCAAGGAGCCCGAGAUGCGAGCCACGGCCGAGGAGAGCCUGCGCCACCCGUGGCUGCUGCCGUCGGACAUCCCCCUGACGCUGCUGGGGCUGAGUCUGCACGACCCCGUCCCGCGUCCCGCCAAGCCCGGCGCGCAGAGCGACGCCGUCGGCCAGGCCGGCACGACGGGCGGCGCGGCACCCGAGGCAGCGGCGGUGAACGGGGAGGCCGGCGCGGCACCCGAGGCUGCGGGGGAGGCCGGGCCGGAUGAGGACGCUUCCCCCUCGUUCCCCGGCGAGCAGAAGCCCAUGUCGCGCUGCUGCCCCCUGGUGCAGAGCUGCCCCCUGGCCCACGACAUCCAGAGAGAGAUCGUGCUCUGAGGAUGCCCCCCCCCCCCCACCCGAGUUGUUCGAGGAGCGGUAACCGCUUGAGCCGAAUGGCCGGUGGAGGACUGGCGCCCGGGCCCCGUGCGGCCCGUGAGGCCGUGGCCGGCGUUGGUACGGAUUGAGGCGCAGGGCGGCGGCGGCGGCGUGCGGGCGGAGUUGUUGCUGCUGCUGCUGCGCGGUCGUCUUUGUACCGCAAACGCCGUCCGCACCUCGGACUCUUGGCAGGCCGAACGUCCGCUAAUCCGAGCAGUGUGUGUGUGUGUGUGUACGUGUCGUCACCGUUGAUCGGUAGACUCCAAACGCGUUCUCUGUGCAGCAGCCGUCGGCACCAAGGGGCACAGGAAGCUGUGACGCCAGCAAUAUUACUUCUCACGCUUGAUAUAACAGUUUCAACCGAGUUGAUUUCACCGUACCUCGGGGCACUUC